AUGGAUGAUAUACAAAGUUAUGAUUCGCAAUUUUUAGUUACUCAAGUUACAGCUCAAAAAAAUCCAUCAGUAAAUAAGCUUCGAGGCAGAUUACCACGUGGCAAGGCUUCAUUAGUGGCUUAUAAGGAAAAAGUUAAAAAGAACAAUCAAGAUAAAGUAAAUAAAAAAAGAACUUAUAAACAAACUUCACCAGAUUUAAAAAGAUAUAAUUUUAAACGGAAUAAAAAAUUAGAUUCGAUUCGCGAUGUUUGUGAUAAUACAACGUGGUUAACUGGUUUUUAUAUAUAUUUAUUUUUUGAAUUAUUACAUAAACAAUCUCGAAAUAUUAAUGGAAUGUGUGAUCCUGUACAAAUUAAAUUAUACACUGGUUCAUUGUAG